UGCAAAUAUCCGGAAGUGAGAGGAGAUACGUGUUUGAUAUUUGCUUAUGGAAAUCGACGGUUAAAGUAAAUAUAACGUUCAUGAAACGGACACAGCUGCAUGAAGGACGCUGGAUGAAGUUUUCUCCUCUGGAGCUACCACCGACAUGUUCUUCAGGAAACGCGAGGAAGACAUUGAGCUGUGGGACAGACAGAAAGACAGCACUGAGCCUUUACUUCCUUCAACGCCCCCCCACAGGACAUUUGAUUAUGUACUCGUGGCUCACAAGGUGGAUGAUGACAACAACCAGAAGGCUCAGAGACAGCAAGCCUUCAUCCAGCAGCUUGAGAUGAAAAACAUCACUGUCACUAGGAUUGUUCAUGAUGACAAAGUGUUCUUCGGCUUGCGUGCUCCCAGUAAGAUGUUCGAAGACUACCAGUACCUCCUCAAGGUCUCUGACUCUUGCAACUGGUGUGGAGAUGUGAGAGGAGCAGUCACUCAGGCAACCAGGAUCCGGGUCGUCCAUUUCAUCCUUCAUCAGACCUUCAUCAACACUGGAGAGAACCUAGACGAACUGCUGAUGAAAGAUGUUUUUGAAACCAUUUUCUGCCUCCAUGAGAGGAAGCAGCAGAAAGAGCUGAAGAGGAAAUGGGCUCGAUGGUCGGCUCUGUUUACAGGACAACCAUUCAGUGACGUCAAAUGUUACUUUGGAGAGAAGGUGGCUCUUUACUACCUGUGGCUGAGCUGGUACACCAAGCUGUUGGUUCCAGCUGCUGGUUUGGGUAUUGUAGUGUUCCUGUAUGGACUGGCCUUUUUUAACACCAACCCUCUCAUUAAGGAAGUGUGUAACUCCAGCAUCAUCAUGUGUCCUCGCUGUGAUAACAGGUGUCCAGUGUGGCAGCUGUCAGACAGCUGCUUCUACGCUAAGCUCAGCCAUCUGUUUGACAAUGAAGGCACUGUGGCCUUUGCUAUGUUCAUGGCAAUCUGGGCUACUCUGUUCCUGGAGCUGUGGAAGAGACAUAGAGCCAGACAUGUUUCUCAGUGGAAGGUCUAUGACUGGUGUGAAGAAGAGGAAGAACUGAUUCUGAAAAUAGUCAACGAUCCAAACUGUACAACCAAACAUUUCAUACACUCCUACAUGCGCAGCACUCUGGUCCUCAUCCUGGUUACACUCAUGCUGAUGCUGAUCAUCGGCCUCACUCAGGCUCUGGUGGUGUUUCGAGUUGUGGCCGCCCCCUUGAUCUCUGAGGGCAGCUGGGCGUUCAUUAGAGACCACGCCAACACUGUGGCUAUGAUGCUGGGAGCUGUGCUGCACUAUGUCACCAUUCAAAUCAUGACCCGGGUAAACCGAUGGGUUUCCCUCAAGCUGUGUGACAUAGAGAAGAUAAACUCAUUUGCUGCCACGGAGAGGAGCUUCACAGUCAAGAUGUUCACCUUUCAGUUCUUCACUCUCUUCUCUUCACUCUUCUAUGUGGCCUUCUUCCUGGGCAGGAUAAAUGGCCAUCCAGGAAACUAUGUGCGUAUCGCUCGGUGGAGACUGGAGGAGUGCCAUCCUAGUGGCUGUUUGACAGACCUUUUCAUCCAGAUGGCUGUGAUCAUGCUGCUCAAACAGACUCUCAACAACAUCUUUGAGUUCACAGUGCCCUGGUUAAAGAGGUGUUUGAGCAGAAACGCUGCAAAGAAACUGGAGAGGAAGUGUGGCCACUGCUACAGGAAGGCCUGCCGUGAUGAACAGGGACGUAUUGAACCAUGUGACAUCUGUAAACUUCGGGACUGGCUUCGUAACUACCACCUGGCCAACACAGAUGCCUUUAGCCUGUUCAAUGAGUUCCUGGAGAUGGUGGUCCAGUUCAGUUUCACCACUAUAUUUGUGGCUGCGUUCCCCCUCGCUCCCCUGUUGGCGCUCAUCAACAACAUCUUUGAGAUCCGCUUAGACGCCAUCAAGAUGGUCGGCCUGGAACGCCGGCUGGUUCCCAGGAAGACCAAUGACAUUGGUGUGUGGACGAAGGUGUUGGAGGCCAUCGGUGUGUUGGCGGUCAUCGCCAACGGCCUGGUCAUUGGAGUGUCAUCGGACUUUAUCCCACGCCUCGUCUAUCGUUAUCGCUACGGCCCAUGUGCUAAUGGAAGCACUCACACACACUGCAUGCAGGGCUACAUCAAUGACACUCUGUCCACGGCUUUUAUUAGUCACUCAGCAGUUCAAAAGGAUUUUAGUAUUAUUCAGAUGAAGACAGAGGAUGGAUUCAACGUUACACAGUGCAGCUAUAGAGACUACAGGAGUGAUGAGGACUACACACUGACCUCUCAGUUCUGGUUGGUCCUGGCUGUGCGUUUCGCCUUUGUCAUCCUGUUUGAGCAUGUUGUAGUGGUGUGUAAGUUUAUAGCCGCCUGGUUCGUCCCCAACAAUCCCAUUCAGGUGAAGAAUCAUCGUCUGACUGACAAACUGGCUCGGCUGAAGGAAGAACUCCGAGAAAUUAAACGCGGCAGAUCGACAGACGUCUGAACCUUCCACUGAUAACUUCAGAUCUGCUCCUGCUGGUUAAAGUGUGAAGUAAAAGGAGGAAUUCUUGUUUUUAUAAUUUAUAUUUGCUGUUGGACUAUGAGGCUGGACUCCAUUGUAAUGUUGUGUAAAGAUUUUUGUGUCAUGAUAUUAUUGAAUAAUGUGACCACACAACAACCACCUUCUACCACACAUUACAUAACAGUUGACAGUCAUGUAAUUUUGUUUUUAUACUAAAAUGUAAGAAAUAGUUUAUUUUCAUCAUUUGAUGUUGUUAAUAAAUUGUUGGCUUUCCAAGAAGGUCGACUGAGUGAUCAGGUUAAAGGAACAGUUUUCUGGUCAGAGUUAGAGGAGAAGAUAUAUUCUCUGCUGAUAUAUAACCUGCCCGAACACCUACACCUGCAGUGUACACUGAGUGUAGUGUGCAACGAUAUGAUGGCACGUUAUGUACCAGACAGGUGUGUAGACAGGACAGGGAUCUACCAACACAGUUCACUGAACACUCAUUCAAUGAACAUUUUUCCUGACAGCAGCUCAUAGCUCAGUGUAUCCCUCAGUUUACCAUCGUCUGCUGCACCACACCAGACCAACUGUUGGUGUUAAGCCUAUAAACUGCCAGUAAUCAGAAUGCAUGAGGAAGUUCAAGUUCAAUAAUGAAAUACAGUCUGACUCCCACAUUUGUUAAUGUCCAGUUAUAGUUAUAACUCAACAUCCACAGAUGGUUAUUACUUAAAAUUAACAAUCUAUUCUUCUGAGCCUGAUAAAGUUAUCAUUUAUCUGACACUGUCAACAUUAUUAUUGAAUAUAUCGUUCUCUCAAAGGUUUUGUUUUAUACUUUUGUUAAAUGUGUCAAGCUCCUCUAAGGUCCCAUGUGUGUGUGUGGUUUAACAGUAUUCUGAGACUAUCUGUACCACUGUAUGGUUGAUCCAUAUAAGUUGUUCCAACAAAUCAUCUGAGCUGUACUGAGCCUUGUGAUGUGGGAUCCACAGGAUGGUGUUAUUGUGUCCCAUUGAGCUGUGAUAAACUUCUUCACUCUGUGGCAGUAACUGACACUGUGUCACACAAGUGAAGACUGAUUAAUGCAAACAAGUGUUUUUUCAUUCAUAAUAUAUAUAUAUAUAU